AUGUGUUCAAAUAAACGUAAAUCAUAUCCUCCAACAAAAUCUAAUCUUCAUUUAUUCUUUGGGCCAAGUAAAGUAAAAAAACAGAAACAACAACAUGAUCAAUCAUUAUUUAUAUAUCCAUUCAUUGAUCCUUAUCCAUCAGCACCAUUUAUUCUUCAAACAAAUAUAAAAGAACGUCGACUAAUCAAUGAUAAACUUGAUUUAGAUCUGAUUUAUAUAACAUCAUUUAUUCCAUCACCGUGUGAUAUGUCUUUAUAUACAUUUCUUCUUAAUACUUUACCAUGGUAUCGUGUAGAAUAUUCUAAACAAACAGAUCGAUUAGUUCAAAUAAUAACACCACGUUAUACAACUGUAUUCGGUAUUGAUGAUACUCAGCAAUCAAAAGAUAAAUAUAAUCGUCAACCACGAGAAAUUCCACCUAUACUUAAUGAACUUAAAGAACGUGUUGAACAAGCAACAGAUGUAAAAUAUAAUUUUGUUUUAGUAAAUUUUUAUGCGAAUGGACAAGAUUCAAUUUCAUAUCAUAGUGAUGAUGAACAUUGGUUAGGUGAUCAACCAUGUAUUGCAUCGUUAUCAUUAGGAGCUGAACGAGAUUUUUAUAUGAAAAAUAAAACAAAUGAUAAUUUAAAACAAAAUUUUGUUCUUAGUUCAGGUGAUUUAAUUGUUAUGCGUGGAAAAACACAACAUGCAUGGUUUCAUGCAGUACCAAAACGAAUAUCACAAUUAUCUGGAAGAAUUAAUAUAACUUUUCGUCGAGCCUAUGUACCUGAAGGUACAAAUAAUUAUUAUAGAUAUAAUGUUGGUGAUGGUCCGAUUUAUCGAUAUAUCAAUGGAAAAAUGAUUAAAUACGAUAGCGAUUGA